AGUCGUUUGUGUGGCAAACCCACCUUCAGAUCACGUUCUCGCUUUCUCUCGCGGUAGUAUAUCUACUGUCGUGACCACGUCACACUGAGACACCGAAUCGGAGGAACAUGGCGGAGCGCAGGAGACACAAGAAGCGAAUCCAGGAGGUCGGUGAACCCACCAAGGAGGAGAAGGCGGUGGCCAAGUACCUGCGCUUCAACUGCCCCACCAAGUCCACCAACAUGAUGGGCCACAGGGUGGACUACUUUGUCGCCUCCAAAGCAGUGGACUGUCUCCUGGACUCCAAGUGGGCCAAAGCAAAGAAAGGGGAAGAGGCCUUGUUCACUACCAGAGAGUCUGUGGUGGACUACUGCAACAGACUUCUGAAGAAGCAGUUCUUCCACCGGGCCUUGAAGGUGAUGAAGAAGAAACCAGAGAAGGACCCUAAGAAGGACAAGGAGAAAGAGAAGGGCAAAGGCGACAGCGCAAAAGAGGAGGAGAAAAAGAGCAAGAAGGAGAAGGAUAAGAAGAAGGACAGCGAAGCCAUGGACACUAAGAAGGAGAAGACCGAUGAAAGCCCGGGGACUCCGAAGAAGAAGAAGGACGUGAAGAAGAAGUUCAAGCUGGAGCCACACGAGGAUCAAAUGUUCUUGGAUGGCAACGAGGUCUACGUGUGGAUUUAUGACCCGGUACAUUUUAAAACCUUUGCCAUGGGACUGAUUUUAGUUAUUGCGGUCAUCGCCGCCACCCUGUUCCCCCUGUGGCCUGCGGAGAUGCGAGUGGGCGUGUACUACCUGAGUGUGGCGGCCGGGUGCUUCGUCGCGAGCAUACUCCUCCUGGCAGUCGCUCGUUGCAUCCUGUUCCUCAUCAUCUGGGUGGUGACCGCCGGCCGCCACCACUUCUGGUUCCUGCCCAACCUGACGGCGGACGUGGGCUUCAUCGAUUCCUUCCGGCCGCUCUACACACACGAGUACAAGGGCCCGCGCGCCGACGGCAAGAAGGCGUCCGGCGAGAAGGCCAAGGCCGAGCCCGCCGCCAAGGCGCAGAAGUCGGACAGCGAGGAGCGCUCGGACAGCGAGAAGAAGGAGGACGAAGGCGAGGAGGAGGAAGAGGAGGAAGAGGCCAAGGCGGCGGCAGCGGUGGAGACGACGACGACGGCGGAGGAGACCGCGGGGGCGGCUGGCGAGGGGCCGGACGCAGAGCGGCACUCGGACACGGACAGCGACCGCAGGGAGGACGAGGGCUCGCAGCACAGCAACGGCAACGACUUCGAGAUGAUCACCCGGGAGGAGCUGGAGCAGCACACGGAGGAGGAAGAGGGGGAGGAGGAGGAGGAGGAGGAGGAGGAGGGGGAGGAGGAGGAGGAAGGCGAGGGGGAGUACGAGGAAGAGGAUGACGACAGCGAGGCUAAGCCGGCGCCAGUGAAAACAUAAAGCGGUGUGUCCAAGCGAUGAACUUCUGCGGUCCGCCAGGGACGCUGCUUCACACACUCAGAAGAAAAGGGCCACCCAUUUUCCCUGUUGGUUUGAGAUCUUCCACAAAGAAUUCCGAUCACCCUCCUGGUAAUUUCGACUGAGGACAGAGAAAAAGAAAACACAACUGAGACAAAGAAGCCUUAUUGUGGUUCUGAAUCCAUUUCCCCUUCUGUAAGAAGACAUGAAAUGACAAACUGUUGUGCUUGUGUAAAGAAUUUACCCCCUGAGGCUAAUCUCUCUUAAAUCCCAUCCUCCAACACUUCAUUGAGUUUUUCCAGGGUUGAUGAAAUGGUUCCCGUUUUAAGAAUCCAUUAACCCAUGUUAUCAAGCCGGUUUUCAAAUCUGUCCAUUUGUGGAGAAAAAAAAAAACAAGAAACAAAUUGCUCAUCAUUGCUACGAAGUAGUAACGUGUACGCAUGGUUUUUUCCUUGGAAGUACCAGUAUGUUCUGUGUGUGAACCAACUGUAAUUAUUCAAAUUCAGAAAUGAAACUACACAGCUAUGUGACUCUCUUCCUGGAGGGACAAAAACCUAACAGGUUUUCCAGCUCAUAUUAAACAGCUAACACACGUAAGAUUUGGGAAGGGUGUGUACUGUUCAAUUAACUCUAAUAACCAGAAUUGUUGGCUGAAGCAGGUGGUUAUUGUCUUGAGCAGGCAGAAACCAUGAGAGCACUUUGGUCCUCCAGGACCAGAGUCUGGUAGCCCUGAGGGAAACUGCACAACUGUGCAUAGUUUGUUUGUUGCCUAGUGGUAAUUUAAAGCCCACGAAACACUUUUAUUUUGUCUUUAUUUUAAGGCCGGUCCAGGAAGGGCAAAUUGUGAACUUACGUGCAGUUGGUGCAGCCACACCCCCAGAUCACACAGUACUUGUUUAGUCGGACCAAAGCUUGUUUGAUGCUCAUGAUCUGUUUUUUUUUUUUGUAAGAAAUAAGAUCAUCUUCUUUAGGACCUUUGUCCCUGUCUUUCCUUCUCCUUUCCUUCUCUAGCUACCUGGCAUGGAAGAGCUUGCACCAUUGUGCACAACCUAGUACAGAUAUGUUAUGCCACAUCUUAGGGUGUUAACCUGUGCUUGAAGGUACUUUUUCCUACGAUCAGACAGCCACAGGUGUGUAUUGUUUUGGGGGGGGGGCAUGUAUAUGAUUGUGGUGGAAGAGUAGGCAGGUGUGCAAACACUGCCCAGUGUUCUUGCAUAUACCUUUGACCCCAGCUGUGCUAUUACCCAGAGUGCUUUGCAGAAGCUUCUCACAGUGGCUGCUCCCCCUAAAGACGAGAUGCGUUCCAGUCCUGAUCGUGGAACAUCGAGGCGAAAAAAUACCACUGCACAGCUAGCUGGUUAUAAUGGUGGUAACCCUUUGCAAGGAUUAAAAUAUUUAAUAUAAGGUCAAAAGAAGUUUACCUUUUGCAUAUGACAAUGAUGGGAGAAGCAACAUGCAGAGAAUUCGUUAUGACUUGAAUACGGAUAUUGAUUUGAAGGCUAGUGCCAAAUGCAGCAAGCAGGCGCUGUGCUUUAGGAAAGUAUCAAAUGCAAGCAAGGAAUUUUGAUAAAUAUCAAGUUUAAAAAAAAAAAAAACUGGUCACUUGUCACCUGCAGUCUCUAGUAUUUAAGGUAAAUGUGUCCUUUCUUGACAGUUCAUGCACAAUGAUGAUCACAACAAGCCAGAUUUCAUUACGUAAAAUGUUGAUGUGACGCACAUCGGCAGGAGUGUUCUGCUUGCGCUUGUCUGACCACAUUUGUCGGCUUGUACCGAGUCUGUCAGUGAUUUGUCAAUUCGGCCAGCUGCACUGGCGCGAUGGUGCAAAGGUUCCAUCUCGCGUAAGUCUAGGUAGUCGUGUGGUUUCCGAUAUGCCAUUUUUUUUGUCGAGUUGUGAUGAAAUUGACGUCUUUACUAACUUGCUGGCGAUUAAAACCUACCUUUGAAACCUGGUGGACUGGGUGGGUCCAGUAUAGUUCUGUAGUAUGUAUGCAUUUUAUUUUUGCUAGUAAAUUUUAGGUGUUCCUUCACCAUAGUGUGGAGAAUUAAAAAAAAAAAAAGUACUUGUAAAUUCAAAAUUUAUAUAUGAUUUCCACAGAUAUAUUCAAGAUACUCAUAUUGACCGUUCAGAAAAUAGCGAGUCAACUUGAAAUUUAUAUAUAUAUAUUUUUUUGCUCUUUCACCAUUUGUUGGUCUUGUGUUGUUUGGAGCAUUUCCAAUCUCUGAAUGACCACCAAUAGACUUACUGUAGGUAGUGCGUCACCAAUACUCGGAACUUCAAACCAUCUGGUAUUUAACAUCAUUGGAUUUAUGUUUCAAUAGCGUCUAUGUAGCUACGUCAUGUAUUCAUUUCUGCACACAGAUCGCCUUUAAGUGCGUGGACAAUAACUGUGUUUGUUUGUGGACGGUAGCAAUGCAAGGUUUUAUCCAUGGGGCGCUGUUGUCCAGCAACUGGAGAUGUGAGAUCUUAAGUCUGCCAUCCUGGUGUUAGCUUUUACAGUAACUUUUCAGAGCGUUAAAUUGAUGCUUUUUUUGGGGACAAAAUUUCCUCAUUGCACAAGGACAGACCCAAUGUAGACCCCCA